CCGUUGCUUUCUCUUCUUGGGGUCACUAGGACUGCGGCUUUGUAAAAUGCCGAACAUUAUCUCCUUCAUCCUGUGCUUCUUAUGCCUUCUGUCACUCGGUUUCGUGAAUGGGCUCAUGUUCCACCUUGGACCCAAUAUGAAGAAAUGUCUAACGGAGGAAAUUCAUAAGGAUGUUCUCGUCAUGGGCGAGUACGAGAUCUCAGAAGCGCCUGGUCAAAAAACGGACCUGGUCGUAACGGAUUCUAAGGCACAAAUCUUGGUUAACCGUGAGGAUACUCACAGUGGAAAAUUCGUGUUCACGACUGAUGACUACGACGUGUUUGAAGUUUGUUUCGUGUCUCACGUUCCUCAUCCACAAGCUUCUCAUGGUCGUCUUCAUGAGGUUUCUUUGAAAAUGAAGCACGGAGUGGAAGCCAAAAGUUAUGAAGGUCUCGCUGAGACUUCUAAGUUGAAACCUUUGGAAGUGGAGUUGAAACGCCUGGAAGACCUCAGCGAAGCGAUUGUUCAAGAUUUUGCGUACAUGCGCAAACGUGAAGAGGAAAUGCGCGACACUAACGAAUCAACUAAUUCCCGUGUGCUCUAUUUCAGCGUUUUCUCCAUGUUGUGCCUUCUGGGGCUGGCCUCUUGGCAGGUGCUCUACUUACGACGAUAUUUCAAGUCGAAAAAACUCAUCGAAUAAUAGGUUUUUUCCGUUCCUGAUUAUGCUAUUGUUUUAUUUUGGUGGAACAAUUCUUGGUGGAAUGAAGUCAUGUUGGGUGGUGUUUUUGUUCUUCA